UCAGCAUACUGUUGAAACCACAACUAUGGGGAAUUGUCUAACAUCGUCUUGUCCCAAAGAUGUCUUAAAAAAGAAGAGGGCUUUGCCGAUCGAAAGCGCCUUCACGCUUCCGUCUCCUUUACCAGAAUGGCCUCCAGGGGAAGGGUUUGCAAGUGGAACUAUUGAUCUUGGUGGAAUACAUGUGUGCCAGUGUGACAUGUCAUCUUCCUCAAAAGUCUGGACCACACACGAAGGAGGACCGGAAAAUCUUGGUGCGUCGUUUUUCGAACCGUCAUCGGUACCGGAUGGGUACUACAUGCUAGGCUGCUAUGCUCAACCCAACAACAGGUUGCUUUCCGGUUGGGUUCUAGCAGCCAAAGAUGAGAGUUCGGAUGAUUCUUUACUCAAACAGCCCGUCGAUUACACCCUCGUUUGGAGCAGUGAGUCCUUGAAAAUCAAGCAAGAUGGCAAUGGCUACAUUUGGUUACCCGUAGCCCCACAAGGAUACAAGGCAGUCGGGCAUGUCGUAACCAACACCAACGCCAAGCCUUCGCCGGACAAAAUCCGCUGCGUUCGAUCCGAUUUCACCGACGAAGCUGAGAAUUAUACAUGGAUAUGGGGACCUGGUAAAGACAUGAAUGCAAAUGAAAUCAACUUUUUCAGUUCAAGGCCAGUAAAUAGAGGAACACAAGACAUGGGAGUUUGUGUGGGCACAUUUGUCGCCCAAAAGUCUUCUCUAGCAUGCUUGAAAAACGUCAAACCUAACUUAUCUUGCAUGCCAAAUCUCGAACAAAUCGACACCUUGUUCAAAGCUUACUCUCCAUGGAUUUAUUUCCACCCUAAAGAAGCUUAUCUCCCCUCGUCCGUCACAUGGUUUUUUAUGAACGGUGCAUUACUGUACACUACCGGCGAAGAAUCGAAACCGGUUCCGAUAGAACAAACGGGUUCCAACCUUCCCCAAGGCGGUUCAAACGACGGCAAGUAUUGGUUGGAUCUUCCGGUGGACGAAGCAAACAAGGAAAGAGUAAAGAAAGGAGAUUUACAAAACUCCCAAGUUUAUCUGCAUGUAAAACCCAUGUUGGGCGCAACGUAUACGGACAUAGCUAUAUGGGUGUUUUACCCUUUCAAUGGACCAGCAAAGGCCAAAGUGGAACUCAUCGACAUUCCAUUAGGAAAGAUAGGCGAACACGUCGGUGAUUGGGAGCAUGUAACAUUGAGAAUCAGCAACUUCAACGGAGAAUUACACCGCAUGUAUUUCUCCGAACACAGUGGAGGUUCAUGGGUGGAUGGGUCGGAUCUGGAGUUCCAACACGGGAAUAAGCCUUGUGCUUAUUCAUCGUUGCAUGGCCACGCCAUGUACUCGAAACCCGGACUGGUUUUGCAGGGAAGUGGUGGGAUAGGGAUUCGGAAUGACACUGCAAAGAGUAAGAUUGUUAUGGAUACAGGGCUGCAGUUUUCGGUUGUUGCGGCCGAGUACUUGGGUACCACCGCCGUUGUGGAGCCGCCGUGGCUGAACUAUUUCAGGAAAUGGGGUCCGAAUAUUAGUUAUGACUUGGCGGAUGAGAUCAAGAAGGUGGAGAAAAUAUUGCCAGGAAAGCUUAAAACGGCGUUUGAGAAAUUUGUGAAUGGGCUGCCGAAUGAAGUGCUUGGGGAAGAAGGGCCAACGGGUCCCAAGGUGAAAAGGAACUGGAACGGAGACGAGAUUUAGAAUGUUGUGGCAUCCAUGCUUCUUACUUACAAGGCUCGGGAAAUAUCAAAACUUCCUAUCUUGUAUAUAAUUAAAUUACAUUUGACAAUAAAUAAAUGGCAUUAAUUUAUUUAGUA